UAUAUAAUUCUCCUAAAGCCCACGCUAAAUGCCUACCAUCGAAGUUAUCUAGAAAGAACAAUACUUCCAACCGUCGGACACUUUCGAAGUUCGCAAUUCACUAACCAUCCAUGGCAGUUGGUAUGACUGUUGUGACUGGGAACCCUGGGAAGAUCAAAGUCAUCAUGGCAUUACGAUACCGCCUCUCUGAGUAGGAAGUGGGCCAAACAAGUCGGUUCGAGGGAGCUCUAUCCUUGGCUUGGUCAAAACUCAGUACUUGCCCCUCUUAGGCACAUCCGCGUGUUCUCUUGAUCCUCACCGGCUAUAUUUUGGCUGCAAUCAUACUCUACCUGGGAUCUUUAGAUAUUACAACAACAGGUACCUAGGCUUUUGGAGGCGAAAGCAAUAAAAGGGCACAUUCGGACGAAUUUGACGCCUGUAGCAUAUAAAAGCAUCAAGCUACCAAACCACCAAGCUUACCUUAGGGUAUUAUUUACGGUACCUGCAGAUACCUAUUUUAUUUAGUUGCAUUCCCAUUUGACAAAUCAAUUUUCGUGCCACACCUACUUCCUGUAGUGCUCCCAUGCCAAAGCAAAUCAUUUACCAGCUUCACCCAAACGGCUGGGAGAAUGACCCAGAAGUGGAAAUACGAAAAGUAACCACACUCGACUAUUUAGCAGCUUGCGUUUACACGAAUUAUGCCGCAUUCUUUAGAUUGGAUGACGAUAAGAAGCAAUUGGCAGCCUCGGCACUGAAGGCUGGCCUCGAGCUAACCAUCACACAAGUCAGACAUCUUGUUGGCACCAUUGAGAAGGAUGAAGAGAAGGGCGGUCACGUGUUCGUGAAGAAGAAGGACAGCACCGUCCCCUUCCACGUCCAAUGGCUCGACUCACCCGAGGAUGAAGAUAAAUAUCCUUCCAUUGAUGAUCUCGAGAAGGCCCAUUUUGCAUCGGUCGCCUUGGGCGAUCUCAAGAUUUGGAGUGUCGAGCCCAUGACAUAUGGGGAGAAGCCCGAGGCGCAUCCUGAUAAUCACCCAACUAUUUCAGCUUUCAAGGCCAAUUUCAUCCGUGGUGGUCUAGUUCUCAAUAUACACUUUCAUCACUACGCCUGCGACGUUAUGGGCAUGUCGGGAUUUGUAGAGCAGUUGGCUGAUAAUUGCUACGCUAUCCUGAAUAAUACGCCAUUUCCUCCUUGGAGCGAUGCCCACUUUGGCGUCCCCCAAUUUAUCAAAGAGCAACCGCCAGAGGACCAGAUGAUUGACGGUCCUCCUCAACCCCAACGCCAUCCGGACCAUCUCGGCGGCGCAACGAUGUACUUAUUUCACUUACCCAAGAGCAAGGCAGCGGAAUUGAAGAGGCUAGCUUCGCCAGACGACGGCACUUGGAUCUCCACUUACGACGCCUUUAUAGCUUUCCUACUUCGCACGAAGACGCGUCUUCGCGCUCCCAUCUUCAAGCCGGAAAUGUCAUCAAACCUCCCCUAUGCUCAAUCUAUGGACAUGCGGAGACGCCUUCGCACUCCCAAGUGCCCACUCCGCAUGCAGGGAAAUGUAUAUUUCGUAGCGUCAAGCACGAUGACUAGGGUCCAGCAGCCAACAGUUGCGCAGAUCAUUUCUGAGUGGCCCUUGUCUAGGCUGGCGCAAUACGUUCGUCAGAUGACCAGCGAGGUGACCCCGGAGCGUGUGGAUGAGGUGCUUAACCAGCUAGCGCCGAUACGAGACAAGGCGGCUUUGAUGACUCGCUCAGAUUCUUUUCCACCACUUUCGAACCUCCAGACUGACCAUCGUGACGUCACGGUCACCAUGUGCGACUUUGGAUUCGGUAAACCGGUCGGCUAUCGCCAUGUCAUAGACGUCGUGACGGAGAAUCUUACCUUCGUCUACCCUCCGCGUGACAGGUCCCCCGAAUCAGACGAGGGUCCCGAGCUAAGCAUCACCUACGAGACGAGCCUAGCGGAUGGGCUACUUAACGAUCCUGAAUGGAAUAAGUAUUUCGAAUACAGGGGUAUCGACUGCGUCCAUACUGGCCAGCAUCAAUAGUUUGACUAAUCGAGCCGGGUGUGUUUUGGGGGGCGACUUUUUGGAUCAUUCUGAGCGUAGCGCAAAAUUUAGACUUACGAGACUUGUGUUGGAUAGAGUAGAUCUUUUUUUUCCGACAUAGUGUACGCAGGUACUACAUGGUAAUUAGAUAUUUCCCAUAAUAGAGUGUAUUAUCAGCCCUGGAAUCCAUUCCCUCUCAAUA